UGCAAGGAUAUCACCAGUACGUGCCAUUUUUCAUCUGGACAUUUCUUCAAAAAUAAUGGGCACAAUGAGGAAGAAGAAAAUUGGAAAUUCAAGCCCGAAAAAUACCAAAAGUAUGAAAAGGAUGUUAAAGCCAGUUAUAGAGAAGAAAAGACGAGACCGAAUAAAUCAGAGUCUUAGCGAGCUAAGGAUUUUGUUACUGAACUACAAAUUAGAUUCGCGUUUACAGAACCCCAAACUGGAGAAAGCAGAGAUUCUAGACCUGGCUGUGGAAUAUCUUCAAAAAAGGACAGACAAACGAAGCAUAAGCAAUGAUUGUUCCAGCCAGGCUGUGUGUGGGCCGAAGGAGGAGCAGCAGGUUAUUCACAGUGAGGCCUCCAUGGCAGGCGCCCCCAGUCCCCCAACAGAAGCAUUCCCCAGGUCUGCUCUCCCUGCCAUCUACACGGCAGGCUUCCAGCAGUGUGUCUCUCACCUGGCUGGCUUCAUGGGCAGCAGCAGCCCCUUGGAGAAAAAGGGCUUCAUCCUCCUCCAAGGGCUGAAGAGCUACAUAGACAGUCAGUGCCCAACCACAAACACCAGUACAGCCAUGUACCCAUCCAGUCAGUACCCAACCACAAACACCAGUACAGAGCAGCUGCAGUGCCCAUCCUCCUCGUCAUUAACAGACAUCCAUCUGAGGUCAGGUGGUAAGGAGAUGGCUCAUUGGGCGGACAUGGUGCCUGUGAGAGAGGGAUGCCGUCCCUCUAAACAGGGGGCAGUUCUCUGCCUCCGCAAAUCCACUUUGUCGACUACCCACCAUUCUUUCUGCCAACCUAAUGGCCACUCGUACCCCUUGACACCUGACUAUCUCUCCCCACUGUCUCCUUGCCUUUCUUGUUCUUCUUCGGUUUUCACCACCCCUCCUCCAUACUCCUCGUUUCCCAGUCACUUUAGUUUCCCUCCCAGCCUGUCACGUAUUUCCUCCAACCCCUCAUCCUGCUCCGGAUCCCCGUCGCUACAUAACAUCCCUUCUCCAACACUUGGUUUUUCACCCACCCUCCCUCUCUCAAGUCCUCCCACCCUCCCUCUCUCAAGUCCUCCCGGCCUCCCUCUCCCGAGCCCCCCUCUCGACCCCUUUCCCUCCCAUACGUCUCUGUGGUCCCCUGUGCCUGCACAAAGGCAAGAAUUAUUUAUUAGCUCCACACACUGGAGACCCUGGUAGAAAGCCAGGUGUGUGCCAACUGACAGAGGGACUAUGAAACAGUUCAACUGGACCAACGUUAGAGAAACGGACAAGAGGAGAGAGCCACCUGGUGGAGAUCAUGGAGGUAACCUGAACAUGACCCUGCUGCUGCUGACACUAAUAUGGUGCUCUUCUCGUUUGAUCAACUUUCCUCGUCAUCUCUGAAAUGUUCCCCAUAUUUGUAACAUGUCAGUAUUCAAUAAUCUCUCUCAUUCAUUAUUUAGAUAGUCCUUGUAAAUAUG